CGCUAUCGUUCGAAUUGGUCAAAAACUGCUCAGAGAGGAAAAAGAAACAGAAAAGAGGGAAGCGAGGAAAGAAUCCGAGGUAUGACACGAUACAAAAGAAGAAUUCGAUGGCGGAGAAAGAUUGCGAGGACAAACAAGGGUAGAACGUACGGUUCAUAGAAUCGUAGGGGCUGGUAUUUAUCAUUCUAUUGCGAUCUGCGUAAUACUAUCGGCGAUAAAUUCUCGCGGAUGCGUGGAGAUACUGUAACGCGAUCGCCGAUAAAUUCAUAUUUCCGAUUGAUCGGAGAAACUGCACCAACAAAUCGUAAAGCAAUCGAGCACACGAUCAUUUAGAUACACGGACUGGCAUAUGCGUGCGCGCGCGCGCUGCUUCGGACUCAAGCAUUCCGAACAAUAUCAACCAAUUAUCGGACGAUUGUGUCGCGGUGCCAACUGUCAACGUCGAUGGUCAACCGGUCGAUCGGGGGAGGGUGUGACCACCGGUCACGAUCGAUGGACGCGGUCCAUCACCCUUCGGUCCAUCAUCCGAUCGAAUUCCGAACCUUUGUUUUCGCAAGGAAGAUCGCGUCGGACAAGUGUCGAAUGCUACUAAUUUUAUGCGUGUUUGCUUUACACCGAACAUUCGUUGUUUGUGCAAGAGAUGGGCAAGCCAUCGGACAAAUCGACUGGACGCUUUCGCGCGUACUCGUCGGUCCGGCCGGAAUUAUGAAUAUAAAUAUUUGUAGGCCGAAACGAGCAAAGCUCCUCCUGUAAAAUUAUCCCUACCAGUUUCGCUCGUCGUGGAGAGAAGCGUGGAUAGAUACUUGGAUAGAAGCGUGGAUAGAAUCGUGAAAAGGUCAUGUAGCAACCUCUUCGAAUUGGACAGCGUAAGUCGAAGAAGGAGCGACCGCUAACGCGCUAAGUCACGGCGCGGUGCCCGUUCAGAGCAACACGAGCGUACACGAGCGACAAGAUUCGCGACACGCGACUUCACGUGCACGAGUCGCGUGCAGCCCGGAAGCGACGGUGAAAUACUUUGCUUCGAUUUCGACAGCCUUCUCCUAUCCACAGAGCGACGCGGAACAUCGCGCUAGAACUCUACCAGAGUAUCGAUCGAGCUUUUCGAUCGCGAACCAACCGCGACGACGGUCUUUCGAAUUAUUUCGCGUACAAAGCAUCGCCGAAUUACCUAAAAUUCGGAUAGUCGGAUCUCGCUAGCCGAAGAAGACAAAGAGUAAUUUUCGCCCUUUCGGAUCCGGCGAAUAGUCGGCGGAUCGGCAGCGGUCGUUCGGCUUCGAUAAAAAGUCAACGACGCGACGCACGAUUAGUCGGCUUGGUUCCCAUAGAGCCACCGAUAAUCGUACGAGCGCGUGGCGCGUGCGAUUGCUGCGUGAGAACGUUCUAUCGUGAUCGCACCCUCCCUCGUAGCCGGCCACCCUUCGUAGCUCGGUAAGCGAGCGUUCGCGAGUCCUGGCAACCGUGGGAGUCGCGUCGAGAGAUAACUCAACCAGCAAAGCGAUUUCACGCUAAUUUAAGGACCGAUCCGCGAGAUCCAGUUUUCUCUGAUAGAUCCGACCGCUUUCCUCUUCCUUGUCCGAUUCGGUAAACAUCAGUACGCUCAUCGACGUACGCAACGCCAACGUGCAGCGAGUGGCGCCACGUUCCCAGAUUUUGCAAAAUCUCGCACAGACACGAACAAGAGGGUAGAGGCGGCGUGCGACCAGUUAAGCGCCACGAGCGUUCCCACGAAAAUCGCCCUGUCUGAUCGCCGCUUUACUCCCCCUUGGUCUCUCGCUCUCUUUCUUCCCCCAGUCGUAAACCCCUGUGCUUCUGAAGGGAGCGCAGGGGUUGAGAGAAAGAGAGAGAGAGAGAGAGAGAGAGAGGAGAGGGGUUUUCACCUUGCGAUCGAGAAGCGAAACAGAGAAGUUGCCCCCUCCGCACCAAGGAGGCGCGGCACACCUAGUCCCCACCAAUAGGGCCAGGGACGAAACGGGGCACGCGGUCGUGUGCCGUCCCCAAGUCCGCCCGCACAUGACAAACGUCGUCCGCCACGCGACCAGUGCACACGCCUGCGAGUGCGUCGCGUUUCGCACCAUCGUCCAAUAUAUCGCGAGUCUACUUGGCGCGCGUACACGCGACCGCGAACCUCCUCUGGAAGCCGCGACACGUGGACACCAUCGACUUCCGGCCAGGACACUUACGUGGAAAAACGAUCGCAUCUUGCGACGGCCGGCUUCGUCUUCCUCUUGUCUUUCGCGGUGUAACGUAGUGGUGAAGAGUGACAGCGACGAUCGCUUUCGUCGCACGCUUAUGAACCCGAACGAACGUACGACGCGAUAGCUUACGAUGAAUCAGUGACAAUCUGUUUUCGAUCUGUGCGCGAUUUCGGCUGCGAAGAAAGCGUCGCCGAUCGAUUUAGUGGAAUAUAACGGUUCAAGAGCGGGAUAAUUCGCGAAGAAAGAAAAAGAAAUGUGGAGGGUCGUGGUGGCGCGAUCAGACGAAAACAGUACGUUGCUGUCAUCGGAAAUCGGGUCCGGCCCGGUUGGUCCGGUCGGCCCGGUCGGUCCCAAUCACAUCUCCGGUCUUCCCGGUCCGCCUUCUACUCAUCAUCAUCACCACUGGGGCUAUCCACCGCCGCCGCAUCCCUCUUAUCAGCCGCAGCAUUCUGACGCACCGCGCCAUCAUCAUGAUCCGCGUCCACCUCACGACCUCAGGCAUCCGGCCACCACUACCACCAGCACCGCCGAUCUCAGACACGAGAUGCACAGAUCGGAUCCGAGACAUCCUUCCGCCGCAUCAGAGAUGCAACAACGACACCAGCCACCGGAAUUGCACAGACCCGAGAUGGUGCGACAUCACCAGGAUUUGUCGGGAAUGAGGCCGGACAUGAGUAGCGAAAUUAGAUCUAGUCACGAGUUCCCUGAUCUUAAGAUCGACGUCGUGGACAUAAGGAGUCAGGAGAGCGGGCAGCAGCAACAGCAACAACAGCAACAGCAGCAACAACAACAACAAACGUCGCAACAGAGAAACUUGAAAAGAACUAUGAGCGAUUCCGAUUGCGACGACGUGUUUUCCGAGGAGAGCGGCAAAGAACCUUGUAAUUCGCCGGGAGGCGAUUCCUGUCAGCACGCGUCGCGAAAGCGAAGAAGAGGAAUGAUAGAGAAGAAACGCCGCGACAGAAUAAACGCGUCACUUGGCGAGCUGCGGAGAUUAGUGCCGGCAGCAGCGAGAGAUCCUCACAGCGGCAAAUUAGAGAAAGCGGAGAUCUUGCAGCUCACCGUUGAACAUUUGCGAUCGCUUCGAAACAAAGGUCCGGAAGGAUACGACAGUACGAAGCUAGCGAUGGAUUACCACGCGGUCGGCUGGGGCGAAUGCGCUGCCGAAGUUGGUCGCUACUUGGUCACGAUGGAAGGCCUCGACGAGAGGGAUCCUUUGAGGUUACGAUUGCUCUCCCAUCUGCAAAGUUUUCACCGCGAUCAUCCUCCGUCCGCGGUGCCCUCGUCCGUUCCCCCGGUGACAAGUUUGACGUCGUCGUCGACGAGCGGCAGCUACGAGCCGGCGGCGAGCUCGGUUCCCCCUGGAAUGCCACCUGGGACGGGUACUAUGCCACCUCUCCUGGGUGGUACCGCGCUCGGAUGGGGCCAGUAUCCCGGCCAAUAUCCCCAGCAGCAACACGGUAAACCUUAUAGACCGUGGGGUGCCGAACUGGCCUACUGAAACGCGGCCUAUCCUUAGACGAGUUUCGCGACUUUCUGCAUCUUCUUAUCAUCUCGUCUCGUUUUCAACUGAACGUAAUUCUCUCCUGGCGUUUACGCGUUUCAGUCCUUCUUCCCAAUUCGUCUCAGGGAAUUCUCUUUUCUAAGUUAGGACACGGUACGGUACUUUACGUACGAUAGUCAUGCGAGUACCUAAUAACCAUCUAAACAGAUGUUAUCUAUUUAUUCGAUUCGACUCGAUUCGCGAUACCUGCCGAUCGAGCGACGACGUUGUACAAUUUGUAUAUAGAUAUAAUCGCAAUUAUUGUAAAUAACGAAACGCGAUCGAAAUCGCUCGCUCUUAUUUCUAUUUUUUACUCCUUUAUAUUUCACGUUCCUCUUGUAACAAAUAUAGUCUGCUCGUUUGUAUAAUAAUCGAGUCGAAAAUGUAUCGAUCGAACAAGUGCCAUUAAACGUAUCGCGCUGCGUACGUCCUAUGGAAGGAAACGCUCAAAGAUGUUUGCAAUAAAAUGACGAUAACGAAACAUA